UAAUAUACAUAACGAUAUUUGCACGCUCGUCGAAUGUUUAUGUGCAUUGUGCGCACCGACUGCAUUAAAUAAAAAUACAGCUGAUUCGAUAUAUGUGCAUCGCUUCAUUUUUCAUAUUAAAUAGGGUGAUUAUUAUUAUUUACCACGUGAAAUAUGUGUGUGGAUUUCAUAAAUUCCAUCUUAUUGGGACACAGUGUGCGCGCGUACGUGCAAUGAAAAUAUUGUUAUUGCUCUUUUGAAGAAUGCUUCUCAAAGUGCACGAUGCACAUAUUUGUUAAAUAUAUACGCUAUAUAGCGCAUAAGGACACAAACAUACAGCAUAUAUGCAUCUAUAUGUAUGCGAAUGGAAAACGACCACUGCAUUGGAGUUUGAUGGGGGUUUUUUCGUUGCUUUUUUGCAAAUUUUGUUUCAAUCAAGUCAACGUAGAAAAGCAAAUAUGUCUUAAAUUUUAUUAAUUCGUUGUUCGUGCAUACUUCCAAAAUAGUAAUUAAAUAAAUACAAAUUGAGCUUUCCAUAUCGAACAUGGACUGAAUUAAUUACACAACAAAAAGUGUCUUUUUUCGAUUUUAACUUCGUAAACGUAAGGGGAAAAGAUCGUAACCACAUAAUUUGAUUUAGGUAGAAAAAAAAAAAAAACAAAACAACCACAACACGGGUAAUUGGUGAAGCACACAAUCGGUGAGCAAAUGUUUUCGAGCCUUAUCGCACGCAUAAAAAAUAGCACAGAAACCAAUUUCAAGCGACAAAACAUUCGUUUUGCGGAACCAAGAACUAUUGCAGUUGUAACGUUGACUUCGAUAAAAUUGGCAUGAAAAUUGUGCUCCAAAAAAAUUAUUAUUUCGUACAAAUAGAAAAAUAGAUACAGCACACGAAUCAAGGUCGGUUCUAAAUAUGGUUGAUUUACAAGCAAACGAUCAAAAUAGUCGCAAAGGUUCCGAUGGUAAAGUGAAAAUUCUAAUGGAUCGAACACCAAGUUUUUUAAAAUCGAAAUUUUUAUCAGUGCUCGGCAGUAGUAAUGACCUAAUUAAUGGAAUAACGACCAAGCUCGAUAUUAACGCAACAUUAAGCUCAUCAUCUGAAUCACAGUCAAAUGAUCGAAAUUCAAAUAAAAACAGUGGAAAACAUACGGAUGAUGUUUCACUGGAUGAACAUAUAAUUGAUUUUGAUGCACGAAAGGUGAAAGAGAGAAGAGCGCACGACGAAGUUUCAUCGGGGAAAUAUCGUCAUCCGAAUUUUAUCACUAGGAGUAAAUCGACGAAUACCAAAAAGUGCAAUAUGAUUGAUACAAAUCCAGAGUCUUCUUUAAGCGAAAGUAAUAGUAAUUCCAUGAUCUCAAAGACACCCACAUCGGUGCAUACAUUGGCUGGUGAUUUACCGAAAGAAGAUUCAAUCGAUGUGAAUCAAACAAAAGACGCUGAUAAAACGAUUAGCUGCUUAUCAAUUCCGCGAGGGAUGACUGCAUUCGAUUCGAAUGGAGAAAUUGAUAUUCAUCAAUUUAGUGUGAGCGAAGCAUCAAUCGAAUUAAAACGAUGGGACUAUUCGAACUCCGACCACUCGAUACAAUCGCUAAAAUCAAUAGCUAGUCUUGAAAGUCAGUGUGAAGAUGAUACAUUGGAGUUCAUACGACGCUAUGUCGAUAUUUUAUUCGAUAAUAGUGCUCAACUAACAUUGGAAUUAAAAUCUGAAUUUGGCCUUAAAUCAAGGACUGAAAUCGGUCGUCUUUUAUUCGCACGCUUGGUGAGUGCACAGCGGUCACGUUCGAAAAAAGUGAACGAAAACACAUUUUAUUCGUUGGUUCAACAUUUUGCUAUCGUGCUAUUUGAAUGCCAUGAAAAUGAUGAUUUCAGCCCAGCUAAAAUAUUGAUGAACAUGUGCUUCACGUUUUUCUAUGAAGUUGAUGUGCCGGGAUGCGAACCCUAUCGUGAAUAUUUGUAUACAUACUUACGUUUUCAGCCGAUUUGGCAGGCGAUUCGUUUUUGGAAUGCAGCUUAUUUUGACGCCGUACAAAGUGAACGAAGUCAUCGUCCAAUUCCACAAACGAUAACCGUUAAAUUGGAGUCCGAUUCGAGUGAUGAGGAUUUGAGCUCGGGAGCAAAAUCAGUUCAAAGACAUUUGGCUAGAGAUGUUCAAGCGAAUUUGGAAAUGAUUAAAGAUGAUCAAGAAUUUCAACGAAACAUUUGUUUUGGCCAAUUAGGCACAUUCACUUGUAACAUGCACGCUUUUGGUCUCAACAAAGAGCUAUGUGAUGAAUUUUUACGGAAGCAAAGUGUCAUUUCCAAUAUUACAAAAGAACAAGAAAAAAUGUUGCACGACAAUAUCAGCCGUAUGUAUAAAGAAACGGACAAAUGGAGAGCCAACUGAAGUUAUUCUCUACCGCAACAGAUGAAUGGCCUACAUUUUAAAAUCGUUAAAAAAGCAUAUUUUCUCAACAUGGUGCUAAACACGGUGUUAGAAUAAGUCAAAAACACAAAAAAGUAGAUAGGUGUUUUUAAACUGAAACUGUUUUAAAUAGAUUUGUUCACGAACAUUUAUUUUUUAAAAUGAUAAAAAUUUAAAUACAAUUAAUUGAAUAUAUUUAUGUUGCGAUGAAUGACAAUUUUGACAGAUCAUAUUGUAGCUUUUAGACAAAAAAAAUCUUUCUCACAAUUUAAUGCCGUACACCUGCGAAAGAAAAAACCCAAUAGUAGCGUUUCUUAAAAAUGUAGUGGUAAAUCUUAAUGUUUUUCUCUAUGAGUAGGUGUGUGCGGAAAAGUAAAAACUCAUUCAACAUCAAUCGGUGAUAGCACAAACUCUGAAAAUUUGGUUUCCAUCAGCUCCAAAUAUUCCAAAAAUGACCUCGUUGCAUCAAUUGUUGAUUCCGGUGAGAAUUUCUCCAUACAAAAGUGUCAUUUCUCAGCAGCGACAUUCAUCUAAUUUCUCUGGGUCUCCUAUUUUAAAUUUCAUCAUUAAAUAAUACACAUUGAUAUAUAAAUUGCCAUAAAUGUGCAAUAAAUAU